AUGUUUUACAAAUUUUCCCUGUUCCUCAUUUUCAAUGCUCUAUUCUGGACCAUCAAUGCCAAACAUAAAAAGUCAUAUUACUCCAAAGAAGAUCUUCCAACAUUGACCCUCCCAUGGGGUACAUAUAGGGCGGAACUUUACGGAGAAGACGGAGAGACUGUUCGAUUUUCAAACGUUCGAUUUGCUAAACCCCCUGUUGGCCCUCUCCGCUUUGCAGCUCCUCAAUACCCUGAUGCCAUCAAAAACAACAAGGAAAUUCAAGACAGCAGUGUCGGCGACAACUGUAUCCAAGCCUUUCCUCCUUCUAAAAAUUCAAAUGUUACUGCCGAGCCUCCACCAGAAGGUAACCAAAGUGAAGACUGUCUUUUCCUCGAUGUCUACGUCCCACUUUGGGCUUUGGAGGAGAGUAAUGAGGAACAGCUCCCUGUUAUUGUCUACAUCUAUGGCGGAGCCUACAUAUUCGGUGGAAAAAAUACAACAUUCAAUAUACCAGAACCUUACUCUGCAUAUGACGGAAAAGGCAUUCGUAGAAUUACCGACAAUAGUGUCAUCUGGGUGACGGGAAAUUACCGACUCGGAGCAUUUGGCUUCUUGGGUGGUUCUUACAUGGAACAAAAUGCUCAACCUAAUGCAGGUCUGCAUGAUCAGCGUCUGCUUUUGGACUGGGUUCAAAAAUACAUCGGUCAAGUCAAAGGCGACAAAAAUGCUGUCAGUGUCUGGGGGCUUUCUGCUGGUGGAGGAUCAAUUCUCCAUCACCUUAUUGCCUAUGGUGGUGCCAAGAAAGAAUCUCUUUUCCAAAAGGCCGCCAUCUGGAGUCCAUCAUUUCAGUGGUCGUAUGAUCGAGCAGGUGUUUUGCAAGAAACCUUCUCCAACUUCGCAACCGAAGCAAACUGCGCUGACGAAGAUGCUCUCGAGUGCUUAAGAGAUGCUGAUGCAGAGACUCUGAAAGUAGCUAAUCAAAAUGUUGUCAAUCAACGCUUGAAAUUGGGAUUAUUUCCAUUCGGACCCGCUGUUGACGGAGAUCUAGUGCCAGACCUCCCAGCGAAUUUAUUCAAGCAAGGCAAACACGUUAGCACUGAAUCUUUAAUAAUUUCUCACGUAUACGACGAGGCGAGGCUCUUCGCUAACAAGGAAAUUAAAACCGAAGCCGAGUUCACAAAUUUUGUCACUCUCGCUUUCCCGGGUGAUGAACUAGCAGAAGUGAGGCAGAAUAUCGAGGACAAAUACCCAUCUAGUUCAUACGAUAAUGACCAACAGACGCGUCUCAGAGCAGUGUUAAGCGACUCGACGUUCGUUUGUAACAACUAUCAGAUUUACCAGGCAUACAAGAAGAAGUCCAAAGUCUAUGCCACGCGGUACGAGGUUCCACCGGCUCAACACGGUACUGAUUUGCUUCCUGUCAUUUGGGACGAGGAGGUCGACGUCGCCGGCCUUAUUAAAGCGAUCCUUCCUUGGCUCCCUGUCUGGAUCUCCAAUGUCCUCGAGAGUAUAUGGGUGCCUUUAGCUUCGAGAUACCAAAAGUACUUUGCUGCUCAUGCACUGACUGGUGAUCCAAACUAUCUCAAUGGUGGCCGGGGACUCACAUGGGAAGUAACAACUGACGAUGGUAAAGAGUUGACAAACGCACUGAAGGUCGGUCUACAGUAUUUCAAUCCUAACCAUCCAUUCUAUACUCUUGGAUCUGAUGGUCAGGUGGCCGCGGCGAGCUGCGAUUUCUGGAGCGAUCUCGCAGAAAAGAUCAUGAUCAUCACCGGUAAUGAGAAGAAGCCGACGAGCUUCAGGACUCAGUUUUAUGAGCGCUUAUGGGGUGGUCAAAUUGAAUUGUAA